CCAGGCCCGUGGUGCAGCGGGACAGUAUUGAGCCGGCACUGCUGGACAGGCCGCAGGCCUCUGAGAGCCUUCGACAGGGUGUGCCGAUGCUCAUCGUGGCUGGCCUGUGCCCCCAGGGGCCCUCUGGACCCCCACCGCCCCUGCUGCCCAAGCCGGGGAAGGACAAUGUGCGUCUGCAGAAGCUUCUGAGGAAAGCUGCCCGAAAGAAGAUGACGGGGGCCGGGCCUCCCGUGCCACUGGGCGCUUUCCGCACCUCCCUGUCCCCCGUGAGCGAGGCCAGCCACGACCAGGAGCCCACGGCCCCGUGCCCCACGGAGGCCCCACCUCCCACAGAGGCCUCGCGCCCCGUGGCUGCCCGGCCAUGCUCUGCCCGCAGCUCCGUCAUCCACCACGUGGCAUCACCUCUGCAGAAAUCCCCGCUCCCCUUCAGCUUGGUGCAGCGCAGGAGCCUGGCCGCUCACUUCAAGGCCACAGGGCCCCAGCUUGCAGCCCCAGCUCCAGCCCCCUCCCGGCCCCCCAGCGGCCUCACACAGGUCUCGGCCCCCACGGCAGGGGUCACCCACGUCAGCCACUUGCACAUCCGGCUAGUGCCAUCCCCACAGGCCAGGACCCCUGAGCCCCAGCAGAUGGCCCCCAAUGGAGGGCAUGGGGGGCAGGACCGAGACACAGUCCCGUGCCCUCCCGGGGCCCAGCCCCUGGUUCCUGUGGCCCACAUCCGCCCGCUGCCCACUGAGGCAGCCAGUCCCUGGCCUGAGGAGCCCCCCGCACCCAGGCCGCCCCCGGGCUCUGAGGUCUCGGGGCCCAGAGAGGCCAGCACUCAGGUUGUGCUGCCUGUUGCCCCUACCUCCUGUUCCUGGGGACCCUCGCCCCACGAUCCUGCCCCCGAGGGCCCUGCUGUGGAACCCUUGGAGGGUCUCCCUGCAUCGGGGCCUGCCGCUGAGGCCGAGCUGGGCUCCGGACCCCGUGGGGCCUCACCCCCCGUCCCACUGUCAGGCCCGCACCCGUGCCCUGUCCCCAGGGUGGCUCCCAAGCCCCAGCUCAGCGGCUGGAUGCACCUCAAGAAGCAGCUGGUGGAGGAGGCGGAGGCACCCCUAUUGCUGGGGCCGGAGCAGAGCCCGGAGUGCAGGGAGCAGGCGGUGACAGCCCCCGUGGGCCCAGCGUCCCGGCCCCCGGCCUCCCGGGCCUCCAGGAUGUGGGACGCGGUGCUGUAUCGUAUGUCGGUGGCCAAGACCCAAAGCGGCCCGGCUGGGUCCGAGGACAGGGCUGGUGCCCUGGCUGGCCUGGGCCGCCUGCCUUUCCUGUGCAGGCCGCGGUUCAACGCCCGGAAGCUGCAGGAGGCGGCCACCCGGCCCCCUCCCACCGUCCGCCCCGUCCUGGACCUGAGCCCCAAGCCCAAGAACUUCAACCGGACGGCGGCCGGCUGGAGGCUCCAGUGAUUGGCCCGGGGGGCCCCAGGGUCCAGGACCAUGGUGCGGACUGAAGAGGGACAGGGGGUCCAGGGGGAGGCCACGGCCCCUGAAGAGGACACUGGGGCCGGACGGACGCUGGUAGCCAGGAGGGGGCAGGGCGGGUAGGUGGCCUGAAGGAGAGCAGAGGAAGGGCGAUGAGGUUGGGGGCGGGGGGGAGGGGGAGGGGUCCGUGUGGGGCAGAGUGUGGGGGCUGGCGGGGGAAAGGCUCCUGUGAGAAGGAAAGCGUACCAUGCCGUGCGGGGGUGGGGUCGAACCGCGUGGCCGGCCCUAGGCUUGGGCCUGGGGCAAACAGGGGCUCCCGAGGGGCUGCAGGCAGGCGGGGAGGGUCUCUGAGCCUGACAUGAUCUCUGAGGCUCGUCAGGGCGGGGAGGAUUCUGGGGCGAGCUCCGCGGCGCCCCCCGCCCCCCACCCACCGCCGAAGUCUGGGGACAGAUUGACAUUUGCUGUGCAGAGUGGGACCGGUCGGGGGAGUCAGCCGUCGGUGGGCACCAGGAGCUGAGGCAGGGGCUCCGCAUUUCAGGGAGCCAGACCCCAGGCCUUCUGGUGCCCCCUCGGAUUCUCUCACCGAGGGGCCAACGCAUGAGCGGGCUGCUGGGAGGUGGGGGACGGUCUCACCGUCAGUCAGGAGCCAGCUUCGCUGGCCAGGGGAGGAGGGUGCCCUCAGGGCUGGGGCAGGAGAACACCCCAGCGGGGUGGGUGGCGCCGUGAAGGAGACCCCAGGCCUCCGGCAGCUUUCAGGCCCUGGUGUGCAGCCAGGGCGAGGGUCAGGGCCCCGAUGGGGCCAGCAGUGAUGGGAGAGGGCCAUGGAGGUGACUGGGAGCAGGACACAGAAAGGGAACCCGCAGCCAGUAGGCGGCCCGCUGUGUCACCCGAGGUGUGAUGGGAACUGUCCGUGGACCCCGAGACUCGGGCCACUAAUAAAGUGUGUCUCA